AUGAAUAGGAAUGUUCUAUUUCAGGGGUCACUGUCAUUCAAGGAUGUGGCUGUGGUUUUCACAUGGGAGGAGUGGCAGCUACUGGACCCCAUUCAGAAGAACCUGUAUCAAGAUGUGAUGUUGGAAAAUUAUAGCAACCUAGUAUCACUGGGGUAUCAAAUUACCAAAGCAGAUGCUUUCUACCAGUUGGAACAUGGAACACCAUGGAUAACAGAGGAAGAAAUCCAGAGUCAGAUUUAUCCAGAAGACACCUGGCAAGUUGAUUGUCAUACAAACGAGCACCAAGACAAUCAAGGCAACCUUGAAACUAUGGAGAGUCACCACAAAAAUAAUGCAUUUAGAAAAAUACUGUGUCUAAGCCUAAACUUUGAUGUCCCUUUAGCACAAAGAUCCCAUACAUUUGACAUACUUGGGAAACAUUUGAAACCUAACGUAGAGUACAUUAUUCAGAAUAAAAGCUAUGCAAGAAACAAAGUUGAAUUUAAUGGAUAUGACAAAUUAUUUCUUUAUACUAAACAUGAGGAAAUUCAUACUGGAGAAGAAUACAAUGAAUAUAAUGAACAUUUCAAGGCUUCCAGCCAUAAGUCACAGCUUAUAGAACAUUGGAAAACGCAAACAGGAGAGAAACAGUAUAACUGCAGUGACUGUGGGAGAGCCUUUUCCCAGAAGUCAGACCUCAGUAAGCAUCAGCAAACACACAUCGGAGAGAAACCCUAUGGUUGCAGUAGGUGUGAGAAAGCCUUCAGCCAGAAAUCCCAUCUCAUUUUACACCAGAGAACCCAUACAGGAGUAAAACCUUAUGGAUGCAAUAAAUGUGGGAAAGCUUUUACUGAUAAGUCAUGCCUUAAUAAACAUCAGAGAACUCACACAGGAGAGAAACGGUUUGAAUGUCACAUAUGUCAGAAAAGCUUCAGCGAUAAGUCACAACUCACUUCACAUCAAAGAACUCAUACAGGAGAGAAGCCCUACAGAUGUGGUGAGUGUGAGAAAAGCUUCAGCAACAAGUCACAGCUCAUUAUUCAUCGGAGAUCUCACACGGGAGAGAAACCCUAUGGCUGCGAUAAAUGUGGGAAAACAUUCCCCCUUAAGUUUAGCCUCAUUUUACAUCAAAAAACUCAUACAGGGGAAAAACCUUAUGGAUGCAGUGAAUGUGGAAAAGCCUUCAUUCAGAGAUCUGAGCUUAUUAGACAUCAGAGAACGCACACAGGAGAGAAACCCUAUCAUUGCAGUGAAUGUGGAAAAGGCUUUAGUGUAAAGUCACUCCUCAAUACUCACUGGAGAACUCAUACAGGAGAGAAACCCUAUGGGUGCAAUGAAUGUGGAAAAACCUUCUCCAUCAAGUUUAGUCUCAUCCUUCACCAAAGAACACAUACGGGUGAGAAACCUUAUGAAUGCAAUCAGUGUCAGAAAGCUUUCACCCAAAAGUCACACCUCACUAUUCAUCAGAGGUCUCACACUGGAGAGAAACCUUAUGAAUGCAGUGAAUGUCACAAAGCCUUCAGCCGGAAGUCCUAUCUCCUUAUUCAUCAGAGAAUUCACUCGGGAGAGAAACCUUAUGAAUGCCUCCAGUGUGGGAAAACUUUCUCUCACAAGUUUAGCCUUAUUAUUCAUCAGAGAAUCCAUACAGGAGAGAAACCCUAUGGAUGCAGUGAAUGUGGGAAAACUUUUCCUAUCAAGUUCAGCCUCGUUUUGCAUCAGAAGACACAUACAGGAGAGAAACCCCAUGAAUGCAGUGAAUGUCAGAAAUCUUUCGUCCAGAAGUCACAUCUUAUUAUACAUCAAAGAACUCACACAGGAGAGAAACCUUAUGGAUGCAGUGAGUGUUGGAAAACUUUCUCUCACAAAUUCAGCCUCAUUUUACAUCAGAAAACUCAUAGAGGAGAGAAACCAGCAGGGUGUUCUAGAUGCCAAAAACCCAUCAGCAAUAAGUUACAAUUCAUUAAACAUCAUCAAACACACAAAACAGAGAAAGCCCACAAAUGUACUGAAUGUGGGAAAGCCUUCCUCAAGAAGUCUCAGCUCACCAAACAUAAGAGAAUUCAUACAGGAAAGAAACCCCAUGGAUGUAGUGUAUGUGGGAGAACCUUUUCCAAGGAAUUUAAGCUCACUGAACAUCAGCGAACUCACAAAGGAGAGAAACCCUACGAGUGCUGUGAGUGUGGGAAAACCUUCCUCAGGAAAUUUCAGCUUACUGAACAUCAGAAGACUCAUACAGGAAAUAAACCGCAUGGAUGCAGUGUAUGUGGGAAGGCAUUCUCCAGAAAGUUCAAGCUAACUGAACACCAGAGAACUCAUACAGGAGAGAAACCUUAUGAAUGUACUGAAUGUGGCAAAGCCUUCUGCAGGAAGGCAGAGCUCAUUAUACAUCAGAAUGAAAGAGGAGAAAGGCCCCAUCAAUGCAAUGAAUGUGGAAAAGGUUUCUCCAGAACAUCACAACUCAUUCUACAUCAGAAAACCCAUAGAGAAGAGAAAUCUUAUAUAUGCAGUGAAUGUGGAAAAGGUUUCAUUCAGAAGGGCAAUCUCUUUAUAUAUCAGCGAACACACACUGGAGAGAAACCCUAUGGAUGCACUGAAUGUGGUAAGGCCUUCAGCCAGAAGGCGUGCCUCAUAGCACAUCAGCAAUUUCAUACAGGAAAGACUCCCUUUGUAUGUACUGAAUGUGGAAAAUCUUGUUCACAGAAAUCAGGACUCAUUAAACAUCAGAGAAUUCACACAGGAGAGAAACCCUAUAAAUGCAGUGACUGUGGGAAAGCCUUCACUACAAAGACAAUGCUCACUGUCCAUCAAAGAACUCAUACAGGGAGACCCUUUGCAUGCACUGAGUGUAGGAAAGCUUUCUCCCACAUGUCAUGCCUUGUUAAACAUAAGAGAAUACACACAAGAGAGAAACAUGUAAAUUCAGUGAAGGUUGAAUAGUCUUCCACAGAGGGUCACAGCUUAUUAAAUACUAGUGAAUUCAUGCAGGAGAAAAGCCCUGUUAAUAUGGUGACUGUGCAGCUGCCUUCUAUGAUCCCUCAGACCUCAACAAACAUCAGUGUGCCCCUCACAGAUAGGAACGCAGUCAUAGUGGGACAACCAGUUGUCAGAUGUGUACCCUCAGAAAAUAACGGAGAGUAUGUACAAGAAAGAAGCCUUAUGAAUGCAGUGAAUGUGGUCGUGCCUUCAGUGGUCAAUUACACCUUAUUUUAUGUCACAAAAAACACAUAGGAAAAAACUGGUACAUUCAAUUUGAAAAAGCCUGAGUAAUAAUGUCUAGCUGAUUAUAUGGUUAUAUAUAAACAGAAAACCUGAGUGCAGAGGCUAGGAAAGCUGUUUUUUGGAAGACAGACCCUGUCGGUCAUCAGUGAUCCCCACAGAUCAUCAGUGAGCUUAUAGUAAGUAGAAGUAUGACAGUGGAAAAGUCCUUACCCUCAAUAUGUGUCAGUUCAUACUGAGGAGAAACUGUUAGAAGGCAGUGAAUGUGGCAGCGUUUUCACUGGUACAUUCUGCCUCAUCCAUUAGCAGAUGAAAUCACAGAGAAAACGCUGUUAAUCCGUUAAUUGUGGAAUACCUUUAACAAAAUACUAAAGUUCUUGUGAAGCAAAGAAGGCUUGUGAAAAGGAGGAAUGUUUGAGAGCUUUAUGUACCUUUUCCAACAUGACCUGUACAUCACGUGAUACACCUGAUGGGCAUUUUCGGACAGGAUACCUCGAACCACAUCCCCAGUUACCAUGUUAAUGAUUCUAUAAUUUAGAGGAGACAGUCUCUGCCCUACAUCACUGGUUAACAUUACCACAUUAUAUUCACUUUUCCCAUUUGUGGAUUCUUUUUCUAAAAUUAUAUUCAGUUCCUACCCGAUAUCAUAUGAUGGUUAGCUGUUGCAUUUCUUUAGCUCUAGAUUUAAGUAUUACUUCAGGCAAGUCCUUCAAAAAUGAAAUGAAUAUAUUAAACUCAUGAAUAUAUCAAAAAUGCUAAUGUCCUUGAGAGAAUUGAAGUUGAAUUUAAAAAUAAGACCAAGCAUUAUACAAUGUCUUCAUAAAAGUGAUUUUUUAAAUUUUUUAGACUUGAAAAGGUAGAGAAACCACAUUUGCAAAAUGAACUAAACGCCCAAGGACAAUUAGUAAUUUAAACCUAUACAAUAAAUAACAGAAUAUAUUCCAACACAACUCUUGGUAAUUUUUUUGAAAACAUGAAAAAGUAAGAUAGGCAAUUUGAGUACAAAUUAAGAUGACGACUACAUCCUAGUCCUCCUUCCUGGAUCAUUAAAAUUAUUAUUCUCAGAAUGCUGGGAAUCUGAAGUUCUAAAC